AUGGCAGACCUCAAUCCCUUCCUCCUAGCGGCAGUCGUGCCGGACCCUGACCCUCGCCUUCUGCCCCUCCUCCGCUCCAAGCCAACACUGGCUUCUGCACAAGAUGCCCAUGGCUACUCUCUGCUUCAUGCUGCCGCCUCUUACAAUCACAUCGACCUGCUCAGGUUGCUGGUCAAUGAAUUUAGCGUGGAUGUCAAUCUGACGGAUGAAGAUGGUGACACAUGCUUAUUUGUCGUUGAAUGCGUGGACGUUGCAAAAUGCCUGGUGGAGGAGUUACACAUAGACGUCAAUAUCAGAAACGACGAGGGCUUGAUCGCCGCAGACAAGAUCGAGUCAGAGCAGGACUUUCCAGAGAUUGCUGCAUACCUGAAGGGGCAUGGUGGUUCGUCUGGAGAUGCAACAUCUGCCAGCAACGUACCGUCAACUAACGGCACACAACAUCUGCCUGCACUACCACCUAAUGUGACCAUCAACGUCAACUCAUCGACGGAGGACACGUCUGACGACCUCGAGCAGGAGCCCGACCCGGAGUUCAGGAGGCGGAUAGAAGAACUGGCAACGAGAGAAAACUUCCAUACCGAGGAAGGCCAAAGAGAGUUAAGGGACUUGAUCACCGACGCGGUCAGAGGAGUGGGUAAUGAAGACCGAGACGUUCGUCGGCGUAUAGGAUGA